GGAAGGGAGCCAGGGUUAACCGAGGACAGGCAGCGGGAGCUGGAGCAGGUGGGUGGGUAGGAGGCGAGCCAUUGAGCAUCCGCCGCUCGCAAAAUUAGGAACCUGAAGUUCACCUUUUCCCGCAAAAGGAACCCUUUCGGGUGCCAGGCCCGGGGCGGCGCCCAGGUUGCGGGUAGGGAGGACAAAGGAGUCCGCCCUGGCCAAAUGCUUUCCCCUGCCCAACACCUACUUUGGCCUCCGAUCUCCCGACCCUGGAUUGAGGAAAGUGGCAAACUCUUCCUGCCUUAGCCAGAUGGGAACCCGCGAGGGUGAGGAAGGGGGACAACCCUCUCUGCCGAGACGCUGACCCGGGAGUUUCCUGUGUCCCCAUGGACCAUGGCCUGGAGCUUGGGGAGCCCUUCCUGGCGCCCCAUCCUCCUCCCUCAAUGUCGUGUGUACCUGACUCCAGCUCUAAGGGCCUGGCCACCCCCCCCACAGAAUGCCCGAGGGCCCUGAACUGCAUCUGGCCAGCCACUUUGUGAACGAGGCAUGCAGGGAGCUGGUCUUUGGCGGGUGUGUGGAGAAGUCACCUGUCAGCCGCAACCCUGAGGUGCCCUUUGAGAGCAGCGCCUACAGCAUCUCGGCUUUGGCCCGCGGCAAGGAGCUGCGCCUGACCCUAAGCCCCCUGCCUGGGGCCCAGCCCCCGCGGGAGCCACUGGCACUUGUCUUUCGCUUUGGCAUGACGGGCUCCUUCCAGCUGGUGCCCAGUGAUGCGCUGCCACCCCACGCCCACCUGCGCUUUUACACAGCUCCACCUGGCCCCCGACUUGCCCUCUGCUUUGUGGACAUCCGCCGAUUCGGCCGCUGGGACCUCGGGGGCGAGUGGCAGCCAGGCCGCGGGCCGUGUGUCUUGCUGGAGUACGAGCAGUUCAGGGAGAACGUGUUACGAAACCUAGCAGACAAGGCCUUUGACCGGCCCAUCUGUGAGGCCCUGCUGGACCAGAGGUUCUUUAAUGGAAUUGGCAACUAUCUGCGGGCGGAGAUCCUGUACCGGCUGAGGAUCCCCCCCUUCGAGAAGGCCCGCACAGUUCUGGAGGCCCUGCAGCAGCGCAGGCCGAGCCCGGAGCUGACCCUGAGCCAGAAGAUCAGGGCCAAGCUGCAGAACCCUGACCUGCUGGAGCUGUGCCACUCGGUGCCCAAGGAAGUGGUCCAGCUGGGGGGCAAAGGCUACGGGUCGGAGAGCGGGGAGGAGGACUUUGCUGCCUUCCGAGCCUGGCUGCAGUGUUAUAGCGCACCAGGCAUGAGCUCCCUGCGGGACCGGCAUGGCCGCACCAUCUGGUUCCAGGGGGAUCCUGGACCCCUAGCACCCAAAGGGGGCAAGUCCCGCAAGAAGAAGUCCCAGGGAGCACAGCAGGGUCCUGAGGACGGAGUGGAGGUCCCUCCUUCUCCAAACAAGGCUCCUUCAAGGACACAAAGGGCACAGAGAGGACUUCCUAAACAGACUACAGCCCAGGUGCCCGAGGGGACCAGCCUCCAACAGGACCCAGAAGCCCCCCCGGUCCCUGACAAAGGGAAGAGAAGGAGGCGAAAAGCAACCUCAGGCCGCCACAGAACCCGAAAGAUCAAGGCUGACACCCCAUCCUUGGAGCCUGAGGGGACCUCAGCCUCCUAGCAAGAGGCUCUUCUUGCUUGUAUCCACCCCUCCUCCUGGCACCCUGGAUCUGGGCCUGUGUGGCUUCCUCGAAGUUGCAGGAACUGGAUGCUCUGACCCUAUGGCCAUUCCCUACACAAUUACAUUUUUAAUUGUACCCCACUAUCGCCAUUUUUAAAACCCAUGUGAAAAAUGCUAAUUUUUAGUAAAUGCAUAAACUUGAA